UGUUGCCGCGCUGUGUUCAUCCGGUAGGUGGCGCCGUGCGGCGGUUGAAAUGAAGAGUCAAACACACACCGAAGAAGAAGCCGCUUCUGUCACAACAUCCGUCAGACGUCACCGCGCUGAUUUAGUUAUUUAGUAAGGAUGUUUAGGACUCCGCACACGAAGGCUUGCUUGAAUCCGCUCAGACUGGUAUCGUUGCUCAGGGACACUCGUGAACGAGGCUCUUCUUCUCUGAGACGAGAUGAUGUGCAGCGCGUCUGCUCCGGCACUGCUUCUAGAGCGUUCUCUGAUGCGCUGGGCUCCUCCAAACAUGUAUGUCCACCGGACACCAUACGGAUAUGCACUGGCACUCGUUUUCUGUUAACACACAUGAAUUAUGGCUUUAUGAACUGGCUACACAUACCAAAUGCUUUCUUGCUGUUUUCACACGCCUCACAAAGCCCCACUAAUCGAAGCAAAUGCCAGAAAAGCAGUGUUAAAAGAUGCUGCUAUGCCUUAAAACGCAGCACGAGUAGCGGGAGCAUCUUCUGUGGGUUGUCUGGCAUCGGCUCAGGUGUUUGUAGAGCUGCGGUCCAGACUCGCGGGCUGCACAGAAGUGCCCCUCGGCGGACUGUGAUGGACGAGUGUUUGUCUGCAGGGAACGAGGCGCGCUGCAAACGCUCGCUGCAGGCCAACGCCGCCCUGUACGCUCGGGCCGGGACGAGCUGGGCCGCGGUGCUGGUGUGUCUGUGUGCCGCGAGCGGGGACCCCGCGCUGCUCUUCACGCUCCGAUCCGCCAAACUGAAGGGCCGGCACAAAGGAGACGUCAGUUUCGCAGGGGGCAAGAAGGACCCGUCUGACAGGACUGUAGUGGACACGGCUCUCAGAGAAGCGCGCGAGGAGCUGGGGAUCCACAUCUCGGAGGAGAACGUGUGGGGUGUGCUUAAACCGCUGCGUGAUACGUCUGGAAUGAUGAUUGCACCUGUAAUAGCCAAUCUUGGACCACUGGAGGUGCUCUCUUUUCGACCUAAUCCAAGUGAGGUGGAGGAGAUAUUUACCCUGACGCUUGAGCAUUUAUGUCAACCCCAAAACAGAGGCUACACACACUUCCGCACUGGAGAUCGUUACGGGUACACACUCCCGGUGUUUCACAGCCCUAAGCAUCGCGUCUGGGGUCUCACAGCAGUGGCCCUGGAUCACGCGCUCAAAAUGAUUGUGCCCCCAGAGCAGCUGUUGGACCACAGCGUGGUUCAGUAGCACCUUCAGCAGACAGACCGCUCUCUGAGAUCCCCCCCAUUGGUAUGUUUAGGGUUAAUGACGGAAUUAAUUGUACUGGUUGGCAGCUCUGCUUUAAUGAAGAGCCUCCAGUGAAAUCAGGAGUGUUUGUUUUUACAAAGCACAUACAUUUGAAUGUAGUUUUGGGAUUUAACAUUAUACAUUUUUCUCCAUCUUUACCCAGAUGAUUGUUUUAAAUGUGAGUCGAAUAUAAAUGUCGUUUUAUUUAACAUCACGGCUUAUAAUAAAAGUGUUCAGAUGCUUUAAAGGUU